GAACCCGGGCCGCGCGCCAUGGCGGGAGCCGAGACUGGGAAUGCAGCGGGAACCGAGGCUCCGCAGCCCCAAAAGCGUUACUACCGGCAACGCGCUCACUCCAACCCCAUGGCGGACCAUACGCUGCGCUAUCCCGUGAAGCCAGAGGAGAUGGACUGGUCUGAGCUAUACCCGGAGUUCUUCGCUCCACUCUCUCAAAAUCAAAGCCAUGAUGACCCGGAGGACACGGAAGAAAAACGAGUUCAGCCCCAAGUGGAGUUUGCAGACAUAGGCUGUGGCUAUGGUGGCCUUCUAGUGGAGCUGUCGCCACUGUUCCCAGCCACAUUGAUUCUGGGCCUGGAGAUCCGGGUGAAGGUCUCAGACUACGUACAAGACCGGAUUCGAGCUCUGCGUGCAGCCCCUGGAGGCGGCUUCCAGAACAUCGCCUGUCUCCGUAGUAACGCCAUGAAGCACCUGCCUAACUUCUUCCGCAAGGGCCAGCUGACGAAGAUGUUCUUCCUCUUUCCUGACCCCCACUUCAAACGGACGAAGCACAAAUGGCGCAUCAUCAGUCCUACACUGCUAGCGGAAUAUGCCUACGUGCUGAGGGUUGGGGGGCUGGUAUAUACCAUAACCGAUGUGCUGGAGCUGCACCAGUGGAUGUGCACCCACUUGGAAGGUCACCCCCUGUUUGAGCGUGUGCCUUUGGAAGAGCUGAGCGAAGACCCCAUUGUGGGACAUCUGGGCACUUCAACCGAGGAGGGGAAGAAAGUUCUACGCAAUGGAGGACAGAGUUUCCCAGCCAUCUUCCGGAGAAUACAGGAUCCCACCCUCCCGGCAGUGACCCCGAAUCCCACCCCGCCUGGUCACUGACUGUACCCUCUCUCAGCUGGAUCCCAUCUUCCAUGAACUGGAAAGAAAGUCAGACCCCCUGACCCUCCCAGCUGAGACUGGGGGAGCUGGGAGGCUUCGGUCUCUCCGAGAGCUUAGGAGAACCUGCGUUCACGCUCCCAGCGCCGCGCAGCUCCUUGUCCCUCCCUGCCAGCACAAAGAAAAGAAGCUGACUUUAAAGGACCUUGGACUGGAGGGUUUUUUGGGAGGGUGUGGGGUCUUGCUGUCCCUUAGCACGCCCUUCUCAGCUGGAGUGAGUGAGGAAUGCAGUGCCCCGCUGUCUAAACUGUCUGCUUGGCUCAAA